CUGAGCAGCUCCAUAUGCCAUUUAUCUGCUGGAUCUGGCUGCCAUAGGUGGCAGUGUGUGUGAGUGUGUGUGUGUGUGCGAGUGUGAGUGUGUGUGUGAGAAGGAGUGUGUGUGUUCGGAGGCCGGUGUGUGUGUGUGCGCGCGCGCGUAAGCGUGUGUCUGUGUGAGUGACACACUGAACGAGGGAAACGACUCGGGCCGGAAAAAAAGCGAUGGCAAAGUGAAAGCAGAAAGACUCGAUGAUCCUGGUGGGGUUCAGUGAGACCGGGAGCGGAGUGAGGAACCAGUGAGGAACUGGGAUCAACCUUCAUCCACCACCACCACCACCUCCUCCUCCUCUUCUUCUUCUUGUUCUUCUUCUUUUCUGCCAUGCAUCAUCACCAUCAUCACCAUCAUCAUCAUCAUCAUCAUCACCAUCAUCAUCAUCAUCGGAGGAGGAUGUAGACCCCUCGGCCUGCUCUGAAGAAUACCAUUUGAAUGGGACCUUUUCGGUUUCGGGUUUUUUGGUGAUGAAGCUUGUUUCAUGGAGCCCGAUAGACACGGACAGCGCGCGCGGCUUCCCGGACGGCACGAGCAUGAAAUGGACAGGAUUUAGACUUUAAUCCGUUUCUUUUUCUUUUUUCUUUUCGUGUUGAAUUGAGGAAAAAGAGGCGAAUUCGGGGCCUGGGGAGGAGCCUCGAUUUCUCUCUUUCUUUCUUUAUAUCUAAAUCUAAAUAUUUUAAAAGCAUCUUCUGCUUGACGUAACCGACUCGGAGGCGAUCAUCGGAUCGGAGUGGGAUUGUGUUUUGUGUGUGAUUUUUUGUGGUGGUGGUGGUUUUUUUUUGAUGGAGCUAGAGAACAUCGUUGCUAACACGGUGCUCCUUAAAGCCAGAGAGGGUGGAGGAGGAAAGCGGAAAGGGAGGAGUAAGAAAUGGAGGGAGAUCCUGCGCUUCCCCCACAUCAGCCAGUGCACCGAGCUGAGCAGAACCAUCGAGAGGGAUUACUCCAGCCUGUGUGAGAAGCAGCCCAUAGGGAGACUGCUCUUUCGCCUCUACUGUGAGACCAGACCAGAGCUGCUGAGAUGCAUUCAUCUGCUGGACGCCAUGGAGGACUACGAGGUGACGCCAGACGAGAAGAGGAAGAGUCGUGGAGACCAGAUCAUCAAGAAGUUCCUCACCAAGCAGUCCCCGGAGUGUGUGGAUGUGGUGGAGGGUCUUGCCGAACACUGCAGAGAGAACCUGGAGCUGAGUCCCUGCAAAGAGAUCUUCAGCGACUGCCGCAAGGCUCUACAUGAGUACCUGAGUGGAGCUCCGUUCUCUGAUUAUCAGAACAGCAUGUACUUUGACCGCUUCCUCCAGUGGAAAAUGCUGGAAAGGCAGCCGGUUACUAAGGACACGUUUCGGCAGUACAGAGUGUUGGGAAAAGGAGGAUUUGGGGAGGUGUGUGCAUGUCAGGUGAGGGCCACAGGGAAGAUGUACGCCUGUAAGAAGCUGGAGAAGAAGAGGAUAAAGAAGAGGAAGGGCGAGUCCAUGGCACUGAACGAGAAACAGAUCCUGGAGAAAGUCAACAGCAGAUUUGUGGUGAGUUUGGCGUAUGCGUAUGAAACCAAAGACGCUCUGUGUCUGGUGCUGACCAUCAUGAAUGGAGGAGAUCUGAAGUUCCACAUCUACAACAUGGGAACUCCAGGCUUCGAGAAGGAGCGUGUGCAGUUCUACGCUGCCGAGAUCUGCUGUGGUCUCGAACACCUGCACAGAGAGUCCAUCGUCUACAGGGAUUUAAAACCGGAGAACAUUUUGUUAGACGAUAACGGCCACAUCCGGAUCUCAGACCUGGGGCUGGCCAUUAAAGUGCCUGAUGGUGAGGCGAUAAGAGGUCGAGUUGGCACUGUGGGCUACAUGGCUCCGGAGGUAAUCAAUAACGAGCGCUACAGCAUGAGCCCUGAUUGGUGGGGUCUGGGCUGUCUGAUCUAUGAGAUGACCGCCGGACGCUCGCCCUUCCGUGCGCGCAAAGAACGAGUGAAGAGGGAGGAGGUGGAGAAACGAGUGCAGGAAGAGGAGGAGGAGUACAGCGACAAGUUCACUGAAGACACCAAAGCCAUCUGCAGGAUGCUUUUAGCCAAAGACCCUAAGCAGAGGCUAGGCUGUAAGUCAGAGGGUGCGCUGGAGGUCAAAACCCAUCCCUUCUUCAAGAAUAUUAACUUUAAGAGACUGGAGGCUGGAAUUCUGGAACCUUCCUUCGUGCCUGACCCGAGAGCGGUGUACUGUAAGGACGUGUUGGACAUUGAGCAGUUUUCCACUGUUAAAGGAGUCAAUCUGGACCAAACCGAUAACGAUUUCUACUCCAAGUUCGCCACAGGAAGCGUCUCUAUACCAUGGCAGAAUGAGAUGAUUGAGACGGAGUGUUUUAGUGACCUUAACGUGUUCGGGCCUCAGGGGACUCGAUCCCCGGACCUGGACUGGGCUCAGCCACCCGAGGCUCCGCGCCGCAGCCUGCUGGACCGCCUCUUCAGGAGGAACGUGAGGAUCUCCUCCUCCUCCUCACACACGGAGGAGCCAGCCCGAGAACACAACAGCUAACUACAGACCAGCAUCCAGAGGCGACCGUCGCUCGCAGCAGAGUCUCGUCUUCCAGCGUCAACUCUACGUUGACUCCGUGUCAGACUCCGCCCCCUAGUGGACAGAUGCCUGCAGGACUACAGGGAACCAGAGCGAGUGAUGUAUAGAUAGAGAGAAAGAGAGAGACUUACAGAAAAGAGGAACAGGUUUUUUUCUCGUCCUUGAAUUUGCCAACGCGUUCCCGCUGGAGGGCCGGAGACGAAGCGACUCAGCUUUGGAGACGAUAAAGACGUUUCUUUAUUUUUUUCUGUUUUUUUGUUUUUGUUUUUAACAAAAUGGAGAACUUUUAGCCCUCACCUCAUGCUCCCUCAGGAUUGCUGGACCAGAAUUUAAAAAAUUAAAACACAAAAACAAAAGAGCCACUGACAGUGACGGAAUAUUAAACUCUUUAUUAUUCAGGGGAUUUUACUGAGGCCUCCACAGGGAAGGGGACGAGGGGAUGAUGAGGGCUUUUACCCUUCGCUGGAGGAGGGAAAGGCUAACGGAGUGGACUGAAGAGACUGGACACACACUCGACACACACACAGGCUUUCGAUCAUUCACACUCUCUCGCUCUGUCCUUCUCCUCCGUCCCUCUAUCGAUCUGCGCUGGACGACAAGACGCCACACACACCUCCGAACCUCCACAUUGCCUUGCAUUUUUACACUCAGGCCAAAGAUACCACACCUACUUAAAAAUACGGUUGCUGUCAUUUUUGUUCGAGGUUAGGCCUAAAAAAAAAAACAGCACAACUCUGACAUGCUAGUCAAUAUUUUCCACUAGUUCACGUUUGUUUAGCCAUAAAAGGGACGCUUUAUCAAAAAACAAACAAACCCAAAUCUCCUCAGAAAUCCUUUCCUCUGUUAGCCUGCUAGUUUACAAUAAACUGAAAGACUGAAAAUUCCUCUGAAAUCCCCAGUUUAGCUCACGUUAGCUAGCAACAUUUUAAAAAUGUUUUAUAUUCCUGAAAAGAAUCCUGCCAGGUUCCUGUCAUGUUAGCCAGCGAGCAUUAACAAUACAGAUCUGGUUAGCGUUAGCUGAAUAAAAAUACUGCUAUUUUCAUGUGUGUUAGCUAGAUAGCGAUGGUUAGUAAUAUUUUACCAAUACAAAUUUUAAAAAUCCUCUCAGAAAGCCCGGCUAGCACACGCCGGCUAGCUGACUAGCAUUUUUAUAAAAGAUUCUAAGCUAGUCUUUUAAAAAAUCCUGUCAGGUUAGGUGACAUUAUGAAUAUGACUUACAAAACCCCUCAGAAAUCCUGUCAGGGUAGCGCAUUUUAGCUAGCAGUGCUAACAGUGUAAAUGAUGAAAUUUUACUAAAAUUUUAGCUCCUCUCAGAAAUCCUGUCAAUGCUAGGAUUUGUGGUGAAAAUUGUGAGCUUGUAUAAAUUUUCCACUCGGAACUCUUCAGAAGUUAGCUUAUUUUAGCCAGCUAGCCCAUGUUAGCAGUGAAGAUGAUGAACAUGUGUAAAUAUGUUUUAAGAAUUCCGAAACUCCGAAAUCUUAGCUAGCAUUAAUAAUAACGAUAAUACACAUUUUCCAGAAAUCCUGUCAGGUUAGCAUUUAGCAUUCUUUUUUUAGAUGAAGCGUCCCUUAAAAACACUCACACUCACACACACACACACACACACACACACACACACACACAUCUAUAACACGUGGCAGCUUUAUAAGUUUGAGGACGGAGCUCAACCCUCACUAUCCACUAGAAUGACGCUAGCACUCACUUCCUGUGUGCGAUACAAUGGAGAUUAGCCAAAUAUGGAGACAGAAACGUCAUGGUGGUCUUUUCAAACCAGCAGAUACACAGAUUGACAGCACAACAGCCAAUCAGGGAGCUUCACUUCACUUCACUUCAUCCAUCUCAUCUUAGAUUUUCACCCUUUAACAGUCGAAGGAUCAGAUUUGGAACUCUGUGCUGUGAUUAGCGACCUGUGGCUAGUCAGUUGUCCUCAUUCUCUUUGUGCUGCCUAGCUAGUGUUAAUACAGCUAACCCUGCGUUCACACAGCAGCCACACGCUCACCUUGCGUAGUCUGCAUUAAUGGCCAGACGUUAUUGCCGGUUGCCAUGGUGACCUUGCUAGCGGCUAGAUAAUAUCACGGUCACCUUCAAUAAUGUCCUCUGAUGUGACGUAUUCUGCUGCGCUGCACAAUCAGUGCUACUAAUAUUUACAAAAUGAUUACGAUAUACAGAGAUGCUAAUAAUAUCCUAAUUAACAGCUACACAACAGCGUUCUGAACAGUUAUUUCAGCUAACUUUAUUUUAGAAAUUGCUUCCUCCAAACAACAUUUUUUAAACGUUUUGUACCUUCUGAUUAUUUCAGAGAAUUAAAGCCACAACAGAAAGAUGCCACUGUGCCUCACUGCUAUUGGCUAACUUUUUCUUCUCAUUUGCAUAUUUCCGUUUUAUCAGAACUCACGUAAUUAAGAAUUCUCAAAUAAUUCUUUAGAGUUUACUCUAAACACUGCUUCUGUUUAUCUCCUAGUUGAUUAGCUAGCAUUAAGGGCGCACUUCAGAAUUCCAACUUACAAAGCAUUUGUCAUGUAUCUUAGCUCUGCCCACUUCUCUUUACCAGUCACCAUUCCAUCUGUCUGACUCUUGCUGCGGUGUGAACGCAGAGUAAUGACGAAAUGCUCAACGUGCCAAAACUUUUUGGCCAAAACAAGAAGGAAGUCCAGUUGUUGGAGUUAAAAGGACGAGUCGCAGAUCGAUGUGGAAUAAUCAUCAGACGAAGCAGCCGGACUUGUUAGCGUGUUGCUUCUGUACAGUAAAAUGUGUUUGAGAGCGAGAGAGCUAAGGUUACUUUAAAAGGACAUUUCAGACCGGUGUAUCGUCCCGUCCCGUCGCCUCGUCUCAACUCUUCCAGACGCUCAGUGACUGAAAACCCUCACAGACGUAUUCAUCUCCACUCCACUCAUCUCCACAUCGUUUCUGAACGAUGCUAACGCGUUAGCUGACGCAGCUCUCCUUCCAGUCUCACCGAGACGUUUUCACCGUACUGUUUACACUCAGUAAAGCAGGUUCACCUUAAACCAGCAUACCUCAACACACCACUUCACUCAUCGACUUUCCACACUCACACUUCUACACCACUUGGUGUCGUUGAGACACUCCAUGCAGAGGCUAUCAUCUGCAUUCUUCUCGCUUCAGCUGUAUUGUGGUCAAGUGUCAUGGAUUUCGACUGAUUGUCAAGUGACCGAGCAUUUUUGCACGUUAUCGUUCUUAUUAACGCGAACGUUAAGCGGCGUGAGGAGCGGCCGAUCACGUUACCGUGGUGAUACCGAACCGAUCGGUCAUUAUGGCGUGUUUCUGACACGUUCCUUCGACACAAGCGUUGAGAAUUUUGACAAAGCAUACAAUCAGAUUCGACAAAAUAGUUCUAAAAUCGGUGCCAAGAUUGAAAGUGUGCCAUGUUUCUUCUGUCUAGGGUUUGUCAAAGUAGGCAUGUGCUGGAAAUGAAGAUCUAUGAGAAAAUAUCCCUCUGUGUAGCUACAGGCAGCCAAUGCUAACAAUGCUAACCUAGCUAGCUAGCUAAAGUCCUGUCAGGAAGGAUCUUCUUCAUUACUGUGGGCAUAUUAGAUGUCCACAGUUUUAGUCCAAAAUAAAAGUUAACACACCAAUUCUAUGCUAAUAUCUUGCUAAGUACUCCUUGUGACACAGAAAGUUAGCAUGGAGACAUGCCUGCUGAGGAGUUGUGUAUUAUUAGUGCGCUAAUCCUAGAUGUUCAUAAUAAACAUUAACAGGGAAUUUGUUGUGAUUUGGGAAAAAGAUUUCGGGUCCAGUUUUUUUUUCCGAACGAUUUUUUUACACAGAUAUUCCGUUCUAUUAGCUGUACAGGGACAGAGAGCCAGUUCUCCUCAGAUAAGCUAGAUAUUUCCAGUUGAAUUUCUUAUCAGUGGGGUUUAGCAGACAGGACUCGGGGUGUCUCCGGUCGUCCCCCGGGGUGUGCGGAGGGGAAGAUGUAGGCGAGAGGUCGGUGGUGUGAGUGUGUACAGGAUUGUGUCACGUAGCUGUUAGCAGUGCUGAGAUUCCGUGUCGUGCCACGAUCAGGGUUACGUUGUGUGAUGGUAGAAUGUUUAGUGUUUUUUUAAAAAACGAUCUGAAUCCCAUUUCUCUCCCGGAAGGCGGGUGUGGAGUUCGUGGAAUUCGGAAACACUCGGGAGUGGUUUUUUUCUUUGCCGUUACUGCCUUGUGUCGUGUUGGCCUGUUAGCGUGUAGUGAUUCACUGCAGUGAUUUGAUUCGUUCAAAUGACUCAUUUAAGUGAAUCAAACUCAAGCUUCAUGAUUCUUAUUUGGCAGAUGUCAGGAACUUUGUCUAAAAAAUAUAAAAAACAACCAUGUGUUGUUAGAAAGAAAGUACCAACAAUGAAGAACAGAAACGCUAACAGCUAGCAACUGCACCUAAGCUAAUUAUUAAAAGUGAAAGAAAAAGAUUAGAUCUGUAACACUUUAUUAAGUCAUGUUGACUGAUGUCGAUUACUCAUCUAGUUACAAGCACAAGAUGUUUUUGCUAGCUAGCUAACUUAGCUAGCCGAAUUCUUUUUCUGAGAAAUGCCAAGGAACCAUUUCCUAUUAGUCUGAGCUUCAGUUUUUAAUUAUAUAAUUCUACUUAAGCAGUUUAGAAAUGGAUAAAAGAGGCGGCAAAUUGUUAGCUAGCUAAGCUCUGUCAACACAGACAUAAAGACAGGAGCUUGUUGCUGGUUUCUUACUUCUGAGUGAAACAUCCUCUUGUUAAACAUCAGAAAAUAAAGUUAGCUAGCUAAAUUUACCCCUGGACAUUACUGCUAGCUGUCUAACAUAGCGAGCUCUCAGCCUCCUCAUGGUGGAAGUCAGGAUAAAGUUCUACAUUACGCUUUGGCUGUAAGUACAGGAUUGUGUUAUUUUAUAGACAUCCUGAUUUUGUUCGAUAAAGGACAUGAGCAGAGCGUAAGCUAAACUUCAUCAGCUAACAGAAACCGUGAAAUCAUGACAUCACCACAGUAGUUUACUUAAAGUGUUAAAUGAUUCAAAUGACUGAAACUGAUUCACUUAAAUGAGUCAAGAGCGAAUCCUUUUGCGAAUGGUCCGUUACAGUUAGCUGGAAGGAAGCCGUUAGCAUUAGUAGGGGCACUAGCGUAGGUGGUGGUCAAGGCUGAUUAAAAGGCUGUGAUGUUCGGUGUUGCUGUGUUUCUGUAGAGUGUUUCCAUCCUGAGCAUUACGGCGUGCUGAUGAUUUAUUAAGCGUUCGUGACAUUUCAUAGCAGGCGGGGCCUGAUGACGACGUAACGAUGUUGAUUUUAUUCGCUAAUACGUCAUUCCCCCGUGUCUUAUUUGGAGCAUGAAUUUCUCUUUCAGUGCAUUAGCAUUACACAUGUACACUCGAUGUAUUAUAAUAUUAAUAAUGUAUGUUUUGCAUACGCGAUAUGACAAAUGAUUUGUUGUGUGACUAGGCAUGUGCUGAUAAUCGGGAUCGGUGUGGAUGCGGGCUGCCGGUGUGGAUGGAAUCUCAUGCUAGCAAACAUGGCUAAACUACAUAAAGAGCUAGCAAAGUUCACACUUAGUUUUAAAUACAGAGUAAAGUGCUAACGUUAGCUAGAGUGAUAGUGAACCUGGCUAGCUAGGUGGCUAAAGAUUUGGAAGGUAGCCUUGUGUUUGCUGUGGUACAAAAGAAAACAAGUUGUGCUAAAUGUUAGCUAGUUUUGAUUAUCAGCACGUGCCUAGCGAAUAGCUAAUAUGCUGCAUUAAAGGGACAUUGCCUUCUUUUUAAACAAUGACCAAACGAUAAAAAAAGGGAACCGUAAGUGAGAUUUUUACCCGUCGUCCCUCGACAUGGCGAAGAGAUUUUUUUUGUUUUUCAUUUCAACCGCAGGAGACGACGGGAUUGGGCGGUUCUCGAUCUCAUUUCUCAUGGCGAGAGUCAAAUCCAAACGAAGUGCCUCCUUUUUAGCCGUGCAGUCUGGGUAGAGCCCACAUCAAGGUUUGCACUCUGUGUGUCACUUCUGUCCAUUGUCUGUGUGCGUGACACACAUACACACUCUUAUACACACACACACAUACGCACAUGUGAUUUGAAGAGAGAGUGUCAUACUACGCUGAUUGCAUGUGAAGCCGAAACCUGUCAAAGUCCUUCUGAAUAAAAACCUGUGCUGGCCUGAA